UCCUGCCUCAGAGGACAACAGGAGAGAAGUAAUUUCAGUGUUCUGGAAGUGACAAUGACUUUACAGUAAAGUCCAACCCAUGUAUACAUAAGAGGAGUCAUUUCAGAAGAUAUUUCUUGUUUGGAAUGUGAUAAAGAUUUACAAUGGAGGCAAAACGUAUCACACACCAGAAGAUUUAUAAUGGAGUGAAGUCAUAUCAGUGUUCUGAAUGUGACACUGUUUUUACAUGCAAGUCUCAUCUUAUCAUACACCAGAGGGUUCACACUGGAGAGAAGCCAUAUCAAUGUUCUGAAUGUGACAAAGCUUUUACAUUGAAGUCACAGCUUAUGACACACCAGAGGAUUCACACUGGAGAAAAGCCAUAUCCAUGUUCUGAAUGUGGCAAAGCUUUUACACGUAAGACACACCUUAUGACACACCAGAGGAUUCACACUGAAGAGAAACCAUAUCAGUGUUCUGAAUGUGGCAAAACUUUUACAUGUAAGUCAACCCUUAUGGCACACCAGAGGAUUCACACUGGAGAGAAACCAUAUCAAUGUUCUGAAUGUGACAAAGCUUUUACAUUGAAGUCACAGCUUAUGACACACCAGAGGAUUCACACUGGAGAAAAGCCAUAUCCAUGUUCUGAAUGUGGCAAAGCUUUUACACGUAAGACACACCUUAUGAGACACCAGAGGAUUCACACUGAAGAGAAACCAUAUCGGUGUUCUGAAUGUGGCAAAGCUUUUACACGUAAGACACACCUUAUGACACACCAGAGGAUUCACACUGAAGAGAAACCAUAUCAGUGUUCUGAAUGUGGCAAAACUUUUACAUGUAAGUCAACCCUUAUGGCACACCAGGGGAUUCACACUGGAGAGAAACCAUAUCGGUGUUCUGAAUGUGGCAAAGCUUUUACACGUAAGUCACACCUUAUGAGACACCAGAGUAUUCACACUGAAGAGAAACCAUAUCGGUGUUCUGAAUGUGGCAAAGCUUUUACACAUAAGUCAACCCUUAUGACACACCAGAGGAUUCACACUGGAGAGAAACCAUAUCAGUGUUCUGAAUGUGGCAAAACUUUUACAUGUAAGUCAACCCUUAUGAGACACCAGAGGAUUCACACUGAAGAGAAACCAUAUCAGUGUUCUGAAUGUGGCAAAGCUUUUACACAUAAGUCAACCCUUAUGACACACCAGAGGAUUCACACUGAAGAGAAACCAUAUCAAUGUUCUGAAUGUGGCAAAGCUUUUACACAGACAUCACAUCUUAUCAAACACCAGAGGAUUCACACUGGAGAGAAGCCAUUUUAA